AUGAAGCUUCUCUUCCUCGCCGCUCUUCUCUCCGCCGCCGUCGCGAAUGCAGCCAUCAACGAUCCCUGCUCCGUCGGGAGCAUUCCUGGCAUCUGCAUAACGACGUCUUCGUGCACUAACGCUGGUGGCACCUACGCGUCUGGGUAUUGUCCUAAUGAUCCUUCAAAUGUAAGGUGCUGCCACAAGACCUGUGGAGGUGGCGGGCGAUGCCGCUUCACCAGCACUUGCCCCACCGGCAAGAUUCAGCGAGAACCGCAUCCUCCGAAAACCUCACGCCAUGAGGUCGACACACCCACGAGAAAUCGAAUCAUCAGUUAUGCCCAGGCCUCAGGAAAUGCAGCGGCAGCGGGCCGGAAUGAGAAUGUCAACGAGCGUACGGCGCAAUGCAUCUACAAACAUUUCCUGGAGACUGGGGAAACGUCCAACAAACCUCGGCCGGGUCCGUCAGAGAAGCUAUCCGACUAUGGCAAACGACAGGUCAUCCGCGAAGUAAUCAAGCAUCGACGAAUGCCAUUGACAGAGAUCACAAACCGACUUGCCACCUGCGUAUCACCUUCGACUAUUCGACGCAUCAUUGCUGCACAAGGAUUUCACCAGAGGGUUGCACGCAAGGUGCCGUACCUCUCACCUGCUCAUAAACGAAAACGACUCAAUUGGGCGCGCAUCCACCAAUCUUUCUGGCCCUCCGACUGGCGAUGUACCAUGUUUUCCGACGAGUGCUACGUUUACCUCGGGGAUGAUCGCGGUCGGAUUUAUGUUACGCGGCGACCAGACGAAGAAUUACUGGAGGAAUGUCUAGUUCCAACCUUCAAGCAGUCAACAGUACGUGUUAUGGUCUGGGGUUGCAUCGCUGAGGAUUGGAAAGGGCCUUUGGUUGUGUUGGAGUAUCCAGGGGGCAAGGGAGGAGAGAGAGGGAAUAUGACAUUUCAGCAAGAUGGCGCCCCCAGCCAUGGCAGCAAGGUCAUGAAGAGGUGGUUUGCCCAACAUGGCAUCCCACUCUUCCCACAUCCUCCUUCUUCGCCCGACCUAAAUCCCAUUGAACCCAUAUGGCACCUUCUUAAAUCAACUCUCAGACACCUUCCAUAUCCGCCUACAACUGUCGAUGGGCUGCGUGUUGCCGUUUUGCGUGCGUGGGAGGGGAUUUCCGUGGAGGUUAUCAAUCAUCAAAUUGGAAAGAUGGAUCGUCGUGUUAAGGCUGUCCUAGCUGCAAGAGGGGGACAUACUGGAUUUUAA